AAAAUGAUAAAGGGUACAAUUACCGCGCUGCUUAUGACUCUAAUAGCUCGAACAUCAUACGAUCCGAUGAUAACAAACGAUGUAACGGAGGAAUACGACUUCAUUGUUGUUGGCGGAGGUGCAUCAGGAGCUGUUGUUGCAAGGGAACUUUCAGACAAAACUGGAAUGACGGUGUUACUGCUGGAGGCGGGUGACUCAGAUUGGGGCAAUCGUUUAGUUCCCAGUCCAACGAUGUUUGACAUGUUGCAAGAAUCUCCUGCCAACUGGAACUACGAUAUAGCAAAACAAAAAUAUUCUUUACUUGAAAUGGGAGAGAAUGCAAAAUAUCCCGGAGGAAAAAUUCUUGGUGGAUCAACAUCAAUUAACGCGAUGGAUUACUUGAGAGGAAGUCCACAUGAUUAUGAUUCUUGGGAAGAUCAUGGAGCAAAGGGAUGGAGUUGGAAAUAUGUAGAGCCUUUUUUUCGGAAAAAUGAAAACGCUAUCGACAAUAAAAUAUCAGAAAAAGCAGGAAGAGAAGGUCUUCUAAAUAUCAGCAUUUCAUACCAACAUCCAUUUUCUAGAAGGUUGGUGACGGCGGCAAAAGAAAUCGGUAUAAAAGAAGUUGACUAUUUUGAUGAAAUUGAAGGAAUAUCUCCACUUGUUUGCACCAGAUACAAGGGAUUAAGACAAUCGUCCUCAGACGCGUUCUUGCGAUCGGGAUAUAAAGAACGACAAGAAAGUUUGCACGUUGUAACGAAUUCACUUGUAAGCAAGGUUCACGUUUUCACUGGCGCAAACGGUAAACAGAAAGCUACUGGUGUGAAGUACAUCAAAGAUGGUAAAAUAAACAACGUUAGAGCCAGAAAAGAAAUUAUUUUAUCGGCUGGUACAAUAAAAACUCCACAACUUUUGAUGUUGUCAGGAAUCGGACCGAAAAAUCAUUUAAAAAAGUUGAAGAUAGAAGUUGUAAAGGAUUUGCCAGGCGUGGGAGCAAAUCUUCAGGAUCAUAUGGGGCUUUACGUUUAUCACGCAAUUGACGACUACCUGUAUGCAACACAAUCAACAACGGAAUCUAUUAUGGAAUACAUCAUGAACGGUACCGGAUAUAACUCAGCUGUUUGGGGUAGUGGUGUUGUGCUUCAUCAUAAGACAAAGUAUUUUGGAACUAAUGUGAGCCUAAGCACCAAAAAACGACCAUUUCCUAGUAUACAAGCACUUUUUACCCCAAAGGAUGCACCUUUGCCUUUCAAGACAAAAGAAAACUAUAGGUUUAAUACCGCACUGUUAUUGGGAGUUCAGCAUCCUAAAUCAAAGGGUGCGAUUCGAUUAAAUUCGACGAAUCCGUUUAACCAACCUAUUAUUGAUCCAAAUUAUCUAUCCGAAGAAGAUGAUAUAAAGAUGUACAUUGAAGGUAACUCUCCCAGGAAAAGUUGCUUUUAUUAUCGCCCAGUCUUGAACAGUGAAACCCAUCUACAUACUUUCAAUUUUAAGUACAACCAUGAUAACGCCACCUGUCUAGACAUCCGUGAUAAAACUGCCUACACCAUUCAAACAGCGGUUUAUGAUGGUCAUGAACGGCUUAAUUUGACAAUCUACCUCACCUAA